CGAGCGGUUAAAAUGUACUGGAAAAAGUAGCAGUAAUUUCACAUCAAAAGGUAAAGAAGAAUUUCUGAUUAUAUGAAGUCGUAUAAUGAAUAUCACGUCGGACCUGAGGUUGGACAACAAAAUGGGUUCCGUAAACGUCAAGGUCGAAAUCUUCGGAUUCAUUGUCUUGGCAAUCCUAAAUAUUAUUUGCAAUAUUUUAGUUUGCGUUGUGAUACGACGAAGUCGCCGAGUCCAGUCAACAACAAACUAUUUUGUUGCCGCUCUUUCAAUUUCAGACAUUUUAUUUACAGUUCUUGUAAUGCCUUUCGUUAUCGGUCGAGCCCUAGCAGGAAGCUGGGUUUUUUCCAACACCAUAUGUCGGAUUAUUCGCUUUGUUCAAUUCACAGUUCCAGGACUUAUCAUUUAUCUUCUGCUUUCUAUCUGCUUAGAUAGGUUUUACACCAUUAUUUAUCCGCUAAGCUUCAAAAUCAGAAGAGGCACCGCUAAGCGGAUGAUUCUCGCAAGCUGGAUUGCGGUAUCGAUUCAUUGUAUUAUUUGUUUAUAUGUUUUCCAGGAACAACUAUAUGGCCAAGAAAUAGUUUGUAGGUUCUACGUUAAUAUCACGAACGUAAAUCUAUUAUUUGUUUUAUACAUUAUUUCAAUAAUUCUUCUUCAGUAUAUAUUUCCCAUGAUUAUCAUUGGUGUCCUUUAUUCGAAAGUUUUCUAUCACAUAUGGAAAACGAAUGGUUGUUGCACUUUGCAAAGGACAAGUAAUAUUGUGUCUCGGACAAAAGUAAAUAUGGUAAAGCUACUCAUGUUAAUCACAGUGAUCACGUUCGUCUUCUUUUCUCCAAUGUACAUAACAAACACAAUAUUUUGCUUUUUGAAAGUUCCACGCCAGGACAGUUUUGUUUUCCGCAUCUGCACUUGGUUAGUUUUCCUUACUGGAAUAAUCAAACCAUUGCUCUAUUUUGUUCAUAAUGCCAACUUUAGACGAGGAUGCCGGGAAGUGCUAUGCUUCUCGGGAUCGCGGUGCUACAGAAGUAACACAUACGCCAUUACCAUUGCUCCGUCUUUUGGGAAGAAGAAUUUCGUGGGUGUCAUGCCACCUGACAAUGGGAGGUCCUCGCCGAUUCGUGCCUUUGAUCGAUCUACACAUUGCGAUGCCAAUCCUUGGACAAACAAUAAUACGGUGACUUCUUAUGUGUAAAAAAAGGAUAUAAGAAAUAUAAAUCAUAUUCCACUAAAUUUGUCGCUUUCAGGUGCUGAUUUGUCUAGUUGUUGCUACCAUUUUUUGGUUCUUAAUAAGAAUAUUGUU